UAAAAUCUUAUUAAUUUACCAAAUAAACAUUGUCAAAUCACCGUUUCUUUAGAUACAUUGCAUUUUCGCCUAAUAUAAUGAUAUUAAGAUAUAUUCUUAUCAUUGCUGUAAUACUUUUUAUUCAACAAAACGUUCAAGGUCAGAGAUGCAGUGAAUUUACAGAGUUUAAAUGCUUCUGGGAUGGAGCUUGUAUUCCAAAAGAAUUGAUGUGCGAUGGAAAAAUUGACUGCGCUAAAGGAGAGGAUGAAACUGAAUGGUUUGCUGGAUGCACCAACUGCUCAGCCAUUGGUAAAUUUCAUUGUCACAAAGAAAGCGGUCAAGUUUGCAUCAGCAGGGAUUACAUGUGUGACGAUUAUAGUGAUUGUCUGCACGAAGAAGAUGAAAGUUAUGAAUUUGCAAAAUGUCCGAAGAAAUGUAAAGCUAACUUGGAAAAAGCGGCACUUGUUGGAAGACCAUCAUGUCGAAGAAAAUGCAGAAACAAUAAAGAUUGUAAAAAGAAAUGUAAAAAAGGACAAGAUUGCUCCAAAAUUGAAAAAAGGAAAUGUGUUUGCGAUCACGAAUGUGGAAUGUCUUGCGUUUCCAUUUAUAGAACAUGUCCUUCGCUUGAAAUGAUUCCAAAUCUACGUCACAUCCGAUAUGUGCGUCGAAGUCGUCAAACGAACAAGCUCGAAGAUGCAGUAGAACCAUAUGAAUACGACGUCCGGGCUUAUCAUACCUGCGAACCCGGGUAUCUCGCAGUUCCUAGCAAUGUUAGAUUAUGUCACGGAAGAGCGAGAGAAGAAAAUAAAACGUGGACGAGAGAGAUUGUAUGCGCAAGAUCUUGUCCUAAGAAGAAAAAAGACAAGGUGAAAGAAUUCAAGUUGUCGUGCGGUUUGGAUUGUCUAACAGAUGGAGACUGCGCUGCAGGGAAAACUUGCCAGUGCGACGGCCCCUGCGGCAGAACAUGCGUCGACUUAAAGAUAGAAUGUGGUGAUGCACCACCUGCUGAAAACGCAUUCAUCGAAUACACCGGGGAAGGAUUUGAACGCGUGGCUCAUUAUAUUUGUAACGAGGGAACAUAUACUGCAGCGGGGGAUGUUUCUAGAAAGUGCACAGGGAGUGGAAAAUGGGGAGGAAAACUGAUACAAUGUGAACGUGUAACAUGUCAAGAUCCAGUACCAGCUAUAUCAAAGAUGGGUGGACGUGUCCUAAAUUAUAAACACAAAACUGCAUAUUACUACAACGCAACGUUGAUGUUUGCAUGUGGACAUAAUCAAAGACUGUUGGGUUCUGAAAUCCGUACAUGCAUGGGAGAUGGAAGAUGGAGCGGCAUUAACACAGUGUGUGAUAAUCUUGGAAACCUGGAACGUUGUCCUCAUCCCGGCAUUCCAAUCGGGGGUUACAUGAAAGGAUUCGCAGGAGAUUAUGGUUUUGUUGUUGGAGGUGAAGUCGAAUUUUCAUGCUGGGACGGCCUAGUUUUAGUUGGAGAAAAAAAGCAAGAAUGCCUCUUUAUCAAAGAAUGGAGUGGUGAUGGCGCCCCUGAUUGCGUAGAUCCAAAAUACAGUGAUUCGCCAACAGAUGUCAUCAAUAAAUUGUCUCAAAGCACAUCAAACAUCAGACAAACUAAAAAGUUUUCUAGGUCUGGACGAACAAUUCAACUAAAUUCUCGGGGUAGAAUAGAAGUGUAUUUUGUUAUCGACUUAUCUCUGAGUGUUGGCGCUGGUGCAUUGGGCAACACCAUGAGCUUUGCCAAAAGUCUCGUUAAAAGGUUGAGUCAAAACGACACAACUGGUCGAGUUAACUAUGGGAUUAUUGUAUUUGCAACGACACCAUUGAUUAAACUAAAUAUUCAUGAUGAACCAAGAAAGACUGCCGAAGAGGUGAUUGCACUACUGAAUGAGAUAGAAAAAGAUCGGGAAAAUAUAAAAGAUGAUAUCAACCAGGGUACGAAUAUCCAACUGGCACUGGAUUUACUUAAUCAAAGAAUGAUUGCAUUUUCAUACGAAAAUGAUGAAGAUAAGAUCAUCAAGAGACACUGUCUUGUUUUAACUGAUGGCGCGAAAAAUGCAGGAGAAAGUCCAAGUGCAGCCAGAAAAAGAAUAGAACGAGGAUAUGCUGACAACCGACCAGAGUUUUACAGCAUCACAUCCUCCGCACAAGAAAGCAGUCCAGAAGUCAGGGAGGAGCUCGAACAAAUUGCGUCAAAGCAGAAAAAUUUUAUUUAUGUUGAAGAUUUUUAUAAAUUACACAAAUAUGUUAAUCAAAUUACAGACGUUGAAGAAGAUUACGAUAGUUGUGGACAAGCAGGCGAUGUCGGGAGUGUGAGGAAGCUGGCAUCGAGAGGACGGGUACUCGGUGGCGACACAGCGAUUGAACGUGCAUGGCCUUGGCAGGCACUCGUCACAUCUUACGAUGAAAAUAUCCUAGCUGCAUUUGACCAGGUUAUGGGAGGAGGAAGUUUAAUUAAUAGCAAAUGGGUUUUAUCUGCUGCUCAUGUGUUUGAGGCAUACAGUGGAUUAGACUGGGAACAAGGAAUUAUGGUUUCCCUCGGCAUCAUCAGAAGACCGCACAGAUACAACAUGUUAGAAGGUUCUGUAAAAAUGUUUCAACCAGAAAAGAUUUACAUUCACGAUGAAUAUGAACAAUAUAACGGCGAACAUUUACUUGGAUCUUAUCAAAACGACAUUGCACUGAUUAAACUUGGUGGAGAAUUUGUUUUAUCAAAAGAUGGGAAACGUUUGCUAAUGCCAGACUCAUUACCAGGAUAUGUUGAAUUCACUCCUUAUAUAAGACCUGUCUGUCUACCAUGCAGUCCGGAUAGUUGUGUCAGCCAAGUUUUGAUGAAGAAAGAUAGUAAAGGGAGAGUUCUAAUAAAAGGAAGUGAAACAGACGAAGAAAAGUGUAAAAUUGAAUAUGACUUUUUAAUGGGAGAAAACUCUGAUUCUGUGGUAGCAGUUGUUGCCACUGGGUUUGGAUAUAAUGCAACCAAGAAAGACGAGGACGAAGACUAUGGUUUGAAAGCAACACGGGAAUUACAACAAGCUUUGUUAAAUGUGACUAAAAGAAAAGAGUGCGAGAGAGCGGUCACAGUAAUUACUCGACAAAAGUCUAUUCCUGGAUUUGAACAUAUUUUCACAGAGCAGAUGUUUUGUGCGGUUGGAGGUGGAGAAGAAAGAGGAAAAAUUAUCGACACAUGCAAAGGAGACAGUGGUGGACCAAUAGUGCGAGAGAUUCGUGAUGAUUCUACAAAGGAAAGUUGUUAUGUCCAACUUGGUAUUGUAAGUUGGGGUUAUGGUUGUGGUCAGCAAACAAGGAUUGAUCGAAAACAAUAUUUUUAUCCCGGCUUCUACACAGAUGUGACGUCAUUGAUGUCAUGGGUUACGAACAAAAUGAAAGAUCAUGAAAAAAAGGAGUCGGAUUAAAUCAAUGCUUUGUUGUAUAAGUUCUAAUCAUAGAAUUAUUUUUUGAUUUAUAUUCCAAUGAGUAAACUUUAAGUUGGAAAUACAUCAUUUGUAUAAAUAAAUUUGUUAAAUUAAUGUUGAAAAA